AAAAGAAGAAACAUGGCAUUUGUUGACGUCCUAUAUCCCGGGAAUCAAACUAAACGAACAAAUUGUGUUAAAAUUGCAUCAACGAUAUGUUUUGCAAUAGAAAGUGUUUUUGAUACAACGAAUGAUCUCAUCAAAAUAAUGGAUAAGCGUUUGAGAAUUCAUUGUCAACCAGUAUUUUUCAACACAGAAAAGACAGUUAAAGAAAAUGUAACUGAUUUGCAAAAGAAAUUUGAAGAAAUACAAACCAAACUAGAUGAAGCAUUACAGGAGCAUAAGAAGAUGGUUAAUCCUAAGCUCUAUGCAAUGCUUGCAAAUGAUAAGAUGGAGUUAAGCAAAAUAUAUGAAUAUUUACAAACGGCUGGGAAAGUAGUUCAUAUUCUGGCAGAUGCAGUAAUACUUGUCAGAGCAGUGGUCAACACGUGCAAAAUUAUUUUGUUUGAUUUUUUUCUCAGUCUAGGUACACUAUGGUUUGGAACAAUUGCUCUGGGUCUCCUUGUGUUAGGUGGAGAUUUAAUUUACAGUGCAAUAAUCGGGGCAAGAGAACAAAGGUAUUUGGAAACUACAGAGGCAGAACUUAAAUCGAUUGCUGAUAAUGUUGUUCCAGCCAGCAGAGAUUAUAUGAAAGAAAUAGUUCGCAUUGGAAUAGAAAUUGAAAAUAUUAAAGUCCAUUAUCUUAACACUGAAUUAAUGAAGGAUACUUCCGUUAAUUACCGACCAUGGCAGGUAAUACGCAGCGGAUAUGACUGGGCAGCAGGGAAUGCUCACACCCUCAUGGCAUCUGAUCCCACCUCUAGUGUUUCAAAGAAGGAGGUCCAAAAAUGGGAGUUGUCUGUCACUCAUCUCCAUAGUGAACUGAAUUGA